AUGAGUAUACGUUCGAUUAGAGAAAAAUAAUGGAGGCAGUCAAUUUUUAUUACUUACUAAAUAGCUUAAGGAGAUUGUUUAUUAGAGAUUGAAUUAAUGUCUAAGCAAAUCAAUUUUUCAUUAUUUUCAUCAAUGUACUUAUUGUUGGAAGCUCCUUUUCAAUAUUUCAAACUUGAAUAUUAGGAAAAUGGGUUUAUAUCUAUGAAAGCUUUUCUUGAAAUAUUAAAGAAAGUUUAAAACAAUCCAAUUUAAGGAGCAUCUAGUGAUGUUAUUAAUAAACUAUUAGAGGAGUUUGAAUAAAUAGAAGAGGAUCUAAAUUAAAGAUUAAUCCAUCUUUAUAAAUUUUCAGAUAAUCCGCAAUUUUUAGAUAAAAAUACUAAAAAUUAAAAUGAUGGAUAAUUAUUGAGUAAAAUCAAGGAAAUUGAUCAAAAAAUUACAGAUACUUAUAAAAUUCGAAAUCCUAAAUGGUAAUUACUUUAUGUGGUUGAAACAACAGCAACUUAAAUUUGGAAUGGUGAAGAGAAAAAAAUAAUAAAAUUAGGAAAAACAGAUCUAACUAUUUAAAAUUAUGUUGCUUAAUUAAAAAAAAAUUAUCAAGGAAAAAUUGAAUUUUAACCUCUUUUUGCUUAAAGAUUAUAUACUCCAGGAACUGAUUUAGUUGAUAGAAAAUAUUUCCAUAAAAAACUAUUAGAAUCUAUCCCUAAUUCAAAAUUAUAUUUGAAAGCAAAUGAAAGUGAGAAAUCUUAGAUUCAUUAUGAAUUUUAUUAUCUAACAUAAGAAUUUGUAUAAAAUUUUGAGAAAUUAUUGCACCAAUUUAUAGAUAAACAUAAAUCAGAAUAUAAUAAAGAUUAAAUAGAUGAGAAACAAGAGACAUAGGCUAUAUUACAAUAAUAAAAUUAAGAAUAAACUAAAUAGAUUGUUGAACAAAAAAAAGAAGAAAUUUAAAUACUUUAGAGCGAGACUGAAUAAUCAGAAAGUGAUAAAUUACUUGAUAUAAUUCAAAAAGAUGAGACUCUAAAUGAGAAUACUAAUCUUUGUGAAUUAAGUAGCAGUCUUGAUGAUGAAAAUACUUUUUAUAAUUUUUUCAGUUUUGGUGAGAAAACUUAUCAAAAGCUUUUAGGAAUUCCUGUGGAUUAUGAGUUAUCUGAGGAGAAUGAAUACAUAGUUACAGAAGCAUCUAAAAUGGUAAAUAGUGAACAUAAUCUCCUGAAAGGUUUUUUAUUUUUAGCUGCAGUUAAGAGAUAGAUGGCAAUUGAUUAAUGA